AUGGACGAUUGGGACUAUAGUGUGGGGAUCUUGGGUGGUGGCAUGAGUGGGGGCGGAGUAAAUGACGUGGAGGUGGGUGGGGCUGGAACCAUAGACAGAAGGAAACAGAGAGCAGGGGAAGAAGAUAGAGAAAUGGAGAGAGAGGUAGAUGGAGAGUACCUCGUUGGUGGCUCCGGUGGGUCUCACUGGUGGUUCAUCAUUGGAUGCUUCGGCUGA